GUCGAAACUUAACUCUGAUCGGACCAAUUACCACCUCUUCUUACACUAAUAAUAUCGGAAUUAGGAUGGUAGCGUUACCGUAUGAUUCAAGAAAAUGACUUUGAAAAUUGGAUUAAUUGUUGCACCCCAAAAGGAAAAAAAAAAAAAACGAAAUAAAAAAUCGAAUCAAUGAAAGUUUGAUUUCCUGAUUGAUAUCCAUGAUCCAUAAUCAUCCCAAGAAGGUUUCUUAAAUCUCAUUCAAUCGUGGCGUAUCUGUACAUGUGGUUGGUGGUGGCCACUUAAAUUCUUUGGUCUUCGGAUCCUCCUCUUGAGUCUCUCUCUCUGACUACAGCUCCAAGGGACCAAAAGCUCCACGUUUUGAACGAUCUCUACUCAUAUCCAAAGUACCCAGAUCAAGAAAAGCACCCAGCUUUUAGAAUGAUUGAAGAACAAGAUGAGAAGGAGACAAAGCCACUUCAUCAGGAUUCAGCAGGUGGCCAUAUGAGAAGGAAUAACCCCAAAAAGGGUUUUCUAGAAAUGAUGUUAAGACCAAUGCAGUGGCUGAAAAUGUUGAGUGAAGAGUUGCAUUGGAGCUUUGUGUUGGGAGUGGUGAUAGUGUAUGGAAUCAGUCAGGGUUUUGGUGUGGGAUUGAGUAGAGUCAGCACACAGUAUUAUAUGAAGGAUGAGCAGAAGGUACAACCGUCUCAAGCGCAGGUCUUGAUUGGGAUAAUUCACUUUCCUUGGAUUGUUAAGCCUCUUUGGGGUCUCCUUACUGAUGUUGUCCCCAUUCUUGGUUACCGGAGACGGCCUUAUUUCAUUUUUGCUGGGUUUCUUGGUGUGAUCUCCAUGCUAGUUCUAUCACUCCACAAGAAUUUGCAUAUUGCAUUUGCCUUGUUAUCUCUGGUGGCAGGAAGUGCUGGUAUUGCAAUUGCAGAUGUGGCUAUUGAUGCCUGUGUCACACAGCAUACUAUAAGUCACCCUUCCCUUGCUGGUGAUAUGCAGAGCUUGUGUGGGAUGAGCUCUUCUAUUGGAGCAUUGUUAGGAUUCUCGCUUAGUGGCUUUUUUGUUCACCUAGCUGGAGCUAAGGGUGUAUUUGGGUUGCUUAGUAUCCCUGCUAGCUUAGUUGUUUUGGUUGGGAUCUUGUUGAGAGAGUCCCACAUGCACAACUUUGCUUACAAAAGAGUAAAGGAGAAGUUUGUAGAUGCUAGCAAGGUUAUGUGGACAACAUUGAAAUGCCGGGAUGUCUGGAGACCAUGUUUAUACAUGUACUUGUCUCUUGCACUAGGCUUGCAUAUCCAUGAAGGGAUGUUCUACUGGUAUACAGAUGCGAAGGAGGGUCCAUCUUUCUCACAGGAGGUUAUUGGAUCCAUAUUCUCUGUUGGUGCUGUGGGCUCACUUUUUGGGGUCCUUCUUUACCAAAACUUGUUGAAGAACCAUCCUUUUCGUGAUAUACUUUUCUGGGCCCAGCUCCUGUAUGGUAUGUCUGGAUUGCUAGAUUUAGCAUUGGUGUUGCGUAUAAAUUUGAAACUAGGUAUGCCGGAUUAUUUCUUUGUGGUGAUUGAUGAAGCUGUUUCUCGUAUGAUUGGGCGUAUUAAAUGGAUGCCUUUUCUUGUACUCAGCUCCAAGCUUUGCCCAGCUGGUAUAGAAGGCACUUUCUUCGCUCUAAUCAUGUCAAUUGAUCAUGUAGGGUUGCUUUCAUCAGCUUGGUCUGGAGGCCUAGUGCUCCACAUGUUGAAUGUUACCCGAACACAAUUUGACAACCUUUGGAUAGCUAUUGUUAUCCGGAGCCUGUUAAGACUUAUUCCAAUUGGAUUCCUAUUUCUGAUACCUAGAAGUGACCCCAACUUGUCCAUCCUUCCAUCUGAGAUGUUGAGGACAAAAAGGGGCAAUGAUGUACUUGAACCAGACAAUAUUGAAAUGGCCUCCCUUGUGAAUAGCAUCUGACUAGUAACUGCUUGUAUUAAGGCAGAACUUACAGAAAGAACAAUAAGAAAUGAGAAAUAUUGGUUAUCGUAUCGUCUAGUCGGGCCUCUCCAAAAGUUAACAUCCUGUUUUCGAGCUGGACAGUUUUUAUAAUUAUCUUUAGAAUGUAAGAGUACUUAGGUCCGCGAGGAUGUGCUAUUUUUUGUUCCAAACCACUACGUUUCCCAAGGUAAUGCACUUGGACCUUGGUUGCCUUAGAAUUUAUUCUUCUUUGAAGUUGCUAUUAAGCUCUCAAUAAGGGCAAAAAUCAUUUGCUGAAGUAUCCGACGGUGUGCUCAAGAACAAUUAUUCAGAGUUCAGCCAAUAUGGAAAUUCUCACUUUACUCGAUGCCCUUUCUGCAUGAAACAUUGGAAUACUAAGGAAGCAUUGGAAAUUCAGAGUUCAGACAUAUUUAUUUAUACGAAACUGUCAAUUUCACUGUGACAAUUUCACUAUAUUCAGCAGGUUCUCUCUCUCUCUCUCCCCUUGAAUUUUAUUGAUUUCUUCUACCAUCUUUUCAGUAAAAUCACUGAUCCAUGCUCUAGGAUGUGCAUCUACCGCACUCCGAUUGAACUAGUUAAGUGUUUAUUGUGUUAUUAGAUGCAUUUAGGAACAAAAGGAAAUGAAAUUAUUAUAUUCUCAAUGCUUUAUCAGAGACUACUAAAACUGAUUUUCCACACCUGAAGUCUUUCUUUAUAUUUGAAGCAAAUCUUACAAAUAUAAAAUUGGACUCUUGCUCCUAAUG